AUGGAUCACUUGUUGAAUAUGCAAAAUCCAAAGCACUUUGAUGGUAAAGGACAACAAUCACCAACUGUCCCCUCUAAUGAUCCAGAAUCUGAACUCUGUGAAGUUGAGUCAUUUUUCAAAAUCCAUGUAUUGAGAAAGACUGACAAAAUUUCUGCUGACAAAAGCAAUGGACAGAUGAAGUCGAUCGAGUUUCUACUCCAGAUGUCAAGAAGUAUCAUUUUGACAGAGCCCGGUGCAAAUGUUUUUUGUGAUUACAUUGUCGCGCUGAUGAAAUCUCACAACCCCUUCACCAAGAAGGAGACAAUUGUAUCGAUUUCCAUUGAAGGUGGUGAUCACUCUGGAUAUUUUGGUGCUAAGUUUCAACCAAUCGAAGAAGUCACAAUUCGAGACGUUAUUCGGUGUGUGCUGCACUCAAACAACAUUCUCGAUGAGAAAGUACCACGUGCAACAGUAACAUUUAUGUAUUUUAAUUCAGAUGCGACCUAA